AUGGAUACUGCUGAAACCACUGGAAUGUACACAGUAUCUGAAUCUGAGAUUACUUCAUCAUCAUCAACUUUAUCUACGAUCACUAUUACUGAGACUAGCAGAUCGACUACUGUUUCGAAUGAGCUAGUAACUGAAGCUGUUUCUACAUCCGAGUCAAGUUCACCAUCAUCAACUAUAUCAAGCUCUGAAAGUUCUAGUCAAACCUUGGAAAGCACUGAAAGAACAAGUUCAGCCACGGUAACUGAAUCUGAAAUGUCAUCAACGGCAACAGCAACCGAAACUAGCACUGCCGGUCAAUCAUCAUUAUCAGCCACUUCUUCUGUUAGUAUAGGCAAUGAAACGUCAUUCGCUACAGUAGCCGAAAGUAGUACUUCUACUCAAUCUACAAUUACAACAAGUUCCACUGAAAUAACAACUCAAAGUCCCCAAAAUAUUACAUUAUUUUAUCUUUAUUUUAACUAUAAAUCUGACGGUGCACGGGUACGUCGAGCGUUUGAUAUUAGCUCUCCAUCAUCAUCUACUAUCGAAAAUGAAGUAGCUAAAAUUUUGUAUGGACUCAAUAUAACUUGUAAUGAUACAUGUAUACAAGUGAGCCAAACUAGUGUAUCACCUCCUGAUGUCGAAUACUUGGUUAAGUUAAAUGUAUCACUCGAUAUUUCUCAACGUAUAGAACUUGUGAAUGGUUUUUUUAUGAAUAAUGUUAGUUUAAAUGAUAGUUAUCGCUUGACUGUAAGAAUAAUUGUGAAUCAAGCCAGCACAGAUUUUUUAAAUUUCACAGAAAUCACACUAGCGUGUAAAGAAUGUGAAUAUGCUUCCACAGGAAAUUGUAGUAGCGACAAUAUUACAUGUGUAUGCUACCCAAAUUAUGAGGGACAAUACUGUCGAAAUCUUAUUCAGUCUACUUCAAUUUAUUUGCCGACGUCCAUCACUACUUCAACAUUAUCAAGCAUUUCCACAACACAGAGGCAGACUAUUGGAACAACAACAAUAUCAGCUGCGACCGUAGAAAUGGCAGGCUCAACUUUGUCGAUCGCUACGAGCGCAACAUCAGCAACAGAAACAUAUGAAAAUACCACGUUUACCAUGACUACAGAAACUACUACACCAAUGACAGUCUCCGGCACGAUGAGUACUGUAACAAUUACACAAAUGACAGAAGCUACAUCUUUAACAGCGGUCACAGUAACUCAAGUUACUGGCUCAACUGCGAUAGAAACUACUAGCACAAGAAUCACACCAGCAACCUCCAUAACAUCAGCAAUAGAAACAGCCGAAAGUACAUCAUCGACACAAACACCAUCUACACAAAGUUUAACAUCUUCUCCUAUGACCUUAUCAACAGCAGAAACACAAACAGGUCAAAGUACAACAACUACCAUUUCAAGUAGUUCAACUACAACUCUCAGCUCUGCUCAAACAGGAACUGUUGAAGUGACAACAGCACCAACAGUAGGCACAGGUACAACUAUUUCAACAUCUGCGCCAAUAACUGUAUCAACAGUACAAACA